AUGGCUACUCCCACUACCAACGUCGUUCGAUGGUCUGCAUUGAUUGGAGGUAUCUUCUAUGGUAUCGUUCACCAGUCAACAGUACAAAGUCAAUAUGAUGAGAAGAAGGCUGCUCAUGCCGUAUCUCACCGAGCACAUCUGAUUGAGGAGGCUAAGAAAGCUUAUGCUGCUAAGAAGGCUGAGAAGACUGGAGGUUCAGGAUUGAUCACCGAUCCAGAGGAUCCUAAAUUCGAUUUAGAAAAAGUGAUUGAGAGCUGGACAAAGGAUUCAUAG